AUGGAGCUGCUGGCAAUGGAUAGCAUUGAAUCCUGUUAUAUCAAGUUACAAAAAAUAUACCAGCGUUUCAAUCACUACUGCAAUGAAAACUAUACGCCUCAGUUCCUGGAAGCACAGUGGAUUGCGGAAAGGAACUAUUACAGCAAUAGAGAUCAUGCCAAAGAAGAGCAAAAGCUUGAGCUCGGAAAACUAUUGGUGUUGGAGCAAGAUUUGAUUGAGACUUGGGAAGAGAUACAAACACCUGAGGAGGCACUUGUGCGCCUGCGAUUCUUACAGGAAAUUGAAUCCAAGAUUGAUCGGCAACGUGAGCGAGUUGGCGGGGAAGAAUUCUUGACUGGUGUCACAGCGGAGACAGAGUCCCAGUUCCUCAAGGUGUGGUGGGCAAAAACCAAACUCAGACAAAAGUUCCUUGCUCUAGUUGAGGAGAAGAGGCCUCUUGAUGCGGUCCGAAAAGGUCUAGCUUCCAAGUUGGGGACAGACGGGAAAGAAAAAUUGGUGAUUGCAAUACGGAAACAAACGGCAGCUUUGCAAACUGUGCUAAACACGUACAACCGACACGUAGAUGCAUUUCACCUCGCCUUGCCCCCAAUCCCAACGCUACCGCGCAUCAAGUAUGAUGAGCUAAUGAGAUUGGAAGCAGACAGCCCAUUCUGGAAUGAUGGUGUCUUCACUAACCACGAUGAGCCAUGGGCUGUUGAUGCCAACACUCAAGAUGGCAUGAGACUGCUUGCGCGUCUAACCCGAGGUCAAGAAGAAGUGCGGCGCAUAGGCCAAGAGAUCUGGAGAGCCACUCGUUGGGCAGUCACGGAACACAAGCGAAUCAUUCCUCUGAUGUUUGGACUCUCCUCGGAAAUGGACUGGGUUUACAGUAGACUGCAGCCUGUUACGGACCAUCCAAUACUACAAUUGUUGUCAAGUGAAGACCAAAUCGACCCAAUUAAAGCCAUCCUCCACAACUAUUUUGUCAAAAUAUCCUCCCUCCAGUUGCAUUGGAAUUCCAAGGUUGUCUCGCUGAUUUCGAACUCAGGACCAUAUGAGAAUGACAACGAGCUAGUAAACGAUUGGAAUGAUCAACUCAUGCGCCUACAUUUUUUAAAAGCAAGUGGCCACUUAUCUAUGGUUGGCGGCGAUUUUGACAAUGCCAUUGGCAAUACCUUGGAAAAUGUCAAUGAAUCAGUGCUUUGUGAAUUCCUUGCCCAAGAUGACACCAGCGCGGCACCAACUAACACCCAGGAUGGUCGGACUCAUGGGGACAAUGAUGACCUUCUAGCGCCAAUUGCUGAUCAGGUUGAGCUUGCGCUUGAGCAAGAGGCUUUGAACAAUGCAUUGGCUGAUGGUAAGAAAUUCCAAUGCAGCAUAUUUAACCAACAAUGGACCCACCAAGCUGAUGAUAUGUUGCCACAAUGCAUCCAUCAAUUGUGUUGCAAAGAUGUUGCCGACGGAAGUUGGACAGGUCAGUUUCCCGGGCCAACGGCAUGA